AUGGUAGAUUCUGCGGAAGAAUGGUUUUACAGCCUUCCACAAGGAAGUAUUACAUCAUGGAAUGAUAUGCAGAAAGUGUUUUUAGAAAAGUACUUUCCCGCUUCCAAAGCAGCAACUAUUCGUAAAGCAAUAAGUGGAAUUGAGCAAAUUGUUGGUGAAACUCUUUACGAUUACUGGGAAAGGUACAAGAAGUUGCUGUCUAGACGUCCACACCACCAAAUAAAUGAGAAACUCAUAGUGCAGUACUUUUAUGAUGGAAUGCUUCAAUCAGAGAGAAAUAUCAUAGAUGCGGAUAGUGGUGGUGCGUUAACCAACAAAACCAUUGAUGGAGCCAUAAAACUUAUCGAGAAUAUGGCUGCAAACACGCAGCAAUUUAAUACAAGAGGCUCAUCGAUGGCUAGGAGGGUCAAUGAAGCUAGUUCUUCCUCACACUUAGAGGAUAGAAUGGGUAAUAUCGAGAAGAUGAUGCAACAAAUGGCAGCCGUGCUCAUUCCUUCUUAUGAAGAAGACGCAGAACAGGUGAACGCUAUGUUUCCAAAUCAGAGGCAUGGGUAUGAUCCCUACUCUAAUACUUAUAAUCCUAGUUGGAAAGAUCAACCUAAUUUCAGUUAUGCGAACAAGCAAGCUGCAGUUUCCAACCCAGUUUUCGGGCGACAAGGUGGUUUUCAACAACCACAAUUCCAGCAACAACAUCAAAAGCAAAGCCAAAGCUCUAAUUUAGAGGAGAUGAUCAAGGUUAUGAUGCAAGAAACAAAGGGUAUUUCCCAGAAACAAGAUACAAUAUUGCAAAAAAACCUACAAUAUCAACAAAAUAAUGAUGCUGAUGUCAAAGAUCUACAAUUCCAAAUGGGGAAAAUGGUGACCGACGCACCGAAACUUGAAUUGAAGCAGCUUCUAGACCACCUAAAAUACGCGUACUUGGGUGAUAAAUAA